AUGCGAGUAUUGGGACCAACCGAGAUCACUGGCCUGCUGCGUCGUGCGCUAUGCACGCUACCAUCUGAAAAGUUCGUAUGCCUGGAUGAGAUACAGACUCUCAUAUCAAACCUUGAAGGCGAGGAGCUUUUGGAAGCAGUCAGGGACUCUCUAGAGCUCUUUUUUGACGAGCACUUGGAUGGCCGGAGCCUUCAUUUCGAGAUUGUCCUGUGGAAGAUCAACCAAGCUUUGAGCCUCCAGGGAAUCGAUCACAAAACGCGUAAAGAGAUGCUCGGCAUUCGAUUCCAAGUGUAUUCUGCACUUGCAAAUCUGCAGGAGGAUGGUUAUCUAGGCUUACGAUCAUUCUUGAGCGAUGCCCUCAUUACCUGGGACACGGAGUUUGCCAUGGAGGUCUUGGGGAAACACAUUGCAAAGUUACCUAUCGAUGCGCAGCGAAGUAUCGAAGACUACGUGCGUAUGCUGUUCGAUAAACAGCAGGAGCUGGCAGGGAUAACCGAGGAGAUUCUUGCCUUGGAUGAUGAUUAG